GUGUGUGUGAUAGAGAGAUUAGAUAGAUAGAUAGGAUAGUAGCUAGAAGAGGUCUGUUGACCUCAGGGUAGGACGUAGGGAGGUAAAGCCCUGUUGCAAGAGGACAUGUGUUCCCAAAGGCUGGACCCUCUCUUUUUGAAAAGUAGCAGACUACAAUAUAUUGGGAGCAAUGAAAGAUCGCUGGAACAUACCUCUAGGUUGACCAUUGGACCUAAGGCAGUAACCCUGUGCAUUAAAGACCUCAGGGUUGUCCCAGGAAGUGGACAGAGUCUGGAUAAUCAGCAGCAUAGACAGGCAGAGCUGCCUAGCACUUCUCAUGGCAAGAAGAAACCAGAUCGUCUUCCAUGCCUUAAGAACUGUGCUAGCAAGGACCAUGCCCCUGACCCUAAAUUAAGCUUGUUGGUAGUCUCUAAAAGGAUCUUUCAGGGUGAUUCUGUGAUCGAAGGCCCAGAGUCCAGGCAGACAUUUGUUGGACACACUGACUUGCUGAAGAACAGCCCUGAAGCAACAGCAGGGGAGGCCCAGGGGAAAAAGAGAACAAUGGCAUUACUUAGCAAGGCUAGAAAGCAAACAGAAAAAGCUUCAAACCCAGUAGACACCAGACAAGUCCAGAAGCAAGAGGUGGUUAUGGACACUGAACACCCAAGCAAGAAACACCAGCAACAGCAACAAAAGAUCCUGGAGGAUCUGAGAAGGGGCUAUCUGGGAGGAGGAGACAAGAAAGGACUCAUACAGUCACAAGAACCUUUCAGGUACCAUGAAUGUCUUGCUCUAGAAAAAAACACCUUUGUGCAGGGCAAGAAGAUUGAGCCCUAUUCUAGACAUUUGGACCAGGUAGCGAGCCCCCUAUUAGUUGGAGAGCAGGAGUCUGGAAAGGAGCUGAAAUCAGUGCCUUCAGGCUCAGAUGAACUGAAAACCACAAAAACCACGAAAAACUCCAAAGGAAAGAAAACACAGACUCAAUUCUUGGAAAGUACUUCCCGGCAGGGAAAAGAAAAGGUUAUGGGCCAAAAUCUGCUGGAAGAAGCCAAGCCUGGGCUCCUCAAGAGGAAGAAGAUGCAGGCCAUGGAGAUGAUGGCAAAACCUCAUCGUGAUAGAGGACUCCGCCUAGAAAACAGCAGAGAGGAAGUACAAUUCUUUAUUCAGGAUGUCAAACAGGGCGCUUUGGAAAGAAACAUCAUAAGGCCUAAGAGAUGGCCAAAGGAGGAAGGCUGGGACCACAGGGUCCAGGGAACCCCAGUUGUCUUUGCAGUUCGGGACCAUACUAAUCCCCCACAGGGAUCAAAAGAGAGUGCCCCAAAGUCCAGGGUGAGGUUAUCCAACAGGAAACCAAGAAUUGUCGAGUCAUAAGUGCUAUGACUCGACAAUGUCAUAUGUGUGAGUAGAUGCGAAUGCUUAUGUGUGAGUAGAUGCGAAUGCUUAUGAGAUGAGAAGGCGGGGCGAAAGGCCAGGCCAGCCCUUGAGGGCAAGGUGGGUUUGAGAGGACAGAAGGCACAGCAGCUGCUUGCCAGGCAUCUCAGAAUGACACCAUCUGCUCGUGGACACCAAGAUUCAGGAUGAUACCAGAAGGAGCAGGCGCCGGCGCACUGAAGGUACUCAUUUCUUCCAAAUGUGAUGGCAUCAUAGAGACCAUCCAGCUUCAGGGAAGGAAUGGCGCGCGACCCCUAUC